AUGCGAGCUACAGCGAGGCUGUUCUAUGCAGCAGCGCUCGCUUUUGCGGGCCUCAGCCAUGCCGGCGAACAAGAUCCUUCGCUGGAUCCGACCAAGUGUGCUCUUGAACCCUCUGCCAUGGUAUCAGACGCGUGUGUCUCGUAUGGCGAGAUCAACGGCAUAAACGACCUGAUUUUCACGACCCUUAACUCCCUCACGCAAGAAACAGACUUCUUCUCCUACUACCGCCUCAACCUAUUCAACAAAGAAUGUCCUUUCUGGUCCGAUGCCAACAGUAUGUGCGGGAACAUUGCCUGUGCCGUUAACACCAUUGAUUCGGAGGAGGAUAUCCCACUCACGUGGCGCGCGGAAGAAUUGAGCAAGCUCGAGGGCCCCAAGGCGAACCACCCACCACGCAAAAUUCAAGCUGAGCGCCCGAAGGAACGACCCCUACAAGGAGAACUGGGUGACGACGUUGGCGAGAGUUGUGUUAUGGAAUACGAUGACGAAUGUGACGAACGAGACUACUGUAUCCCCGAGGAUGAGGGUUCCGCUGGGAAGGGAGACUAUGUGAGCUUAGUGGAUAACCCAGAGCGAUUCACCGGAUACACUGGAUCCGGCGCGAACCAAGUCUGGAACGCAAUCUACAGCGAGAACUGUUUCAUGAAAACUGUGGCUCAUGAGCUUGAGGAGCAAUCGCAGAACGUCCCCAUGGGCGGUCUGCAGGCAGCCUCUGACUUCCGCAAUGUGCUCCAGAAAGAGGCAAAGCGAGUAGAAGGUCUGCCUUUGGAUAAUGAGUGUUUGGAGAAGCGAGUGUUCCACCGGCUCCUCAGUGGCAUGCACGCAUCCAUUUCCACACAUCUUUGCUGGGACUACCUCAACCAGACGACCGGCCUGUGGCACCCCAACGUGCAGUGCUUCAAGGAACGCCUCCUUGACCACCCCGAACGCAUCUCGAAUAUGUACUUCAACUACGCAUUGGUUUCACGCGCCGUGGCCAAGCUCCGCAAGCAUCUGGACGGAUACACUUUCUGCACCAGUGAUCCGGUGCAAGACCGCGAGACUAAAGAGCGCGUCAACAAGUUGACCGAGACUCUAACAACACUGCCCAAAAUCUUCGAUGAGAAGAUCAUGUUCCAAGAUGCCAACGGCAUCAGCUUGAAGGAGGAUUUCCGCAACCGCUUCCGCAAUGUCAGCCGACUGAUGGACUGCGUGGGCUGUGAUAAGUGUCGCCUUUGGGGUAAGCUCCAGGUGAACGGCUACGGAACAGCCCUCAAGGUGUUGUUCGAGUACGACGAAACCAAGAACGGCGAGAACCCACCCUUGCGUCGCACUGAGCUGGUCGCUCUCAUCAACACCCUCGGCCGUAUUUCGCACAGCUUAGCUGCUUCGCGUAGUAUGCAGCGAGCCCUGCUCACUGGGACGACUCACAUGUUCCCGGUCCACGGCGCUGUGCCUUCUUCCCACCACGCCAAUGCCCUCGGCAACAACAAGCGGGUGUUCAGAGACGGCAACAACAACUUCUACUACGAAGGUGAAGGAGAGGAUGAUGGGUAUGUCUACGGCCAAGGUGAAGCGCCAGAACGCUACCCCUGGGAGCGUAAACUGCGUAACCCAGACGACAACUUCAUCGAUGAUUUCAAAUCCGAAUGGGAGAUGGUUUGGGGUAUGGUCGGGUUUAUCUUGCGAGCCUGGAUGGAUAUCCCGCGCACACUGUACCAAAUUGGCGCCUCGGAAUCUGUCCGAUUGUACAACUACUGGCUCGGGCUGCCGGUGCCUCCACGUAUGUGGAAGUUGAAGGUGCCCACGCCGCGCCCACAUACCCAGCCUAAUGCUCAGCGCUCUCAUGACGAGUUAUGA